CAACAACAACAACAACAGCAACAGCAACAAGACGCUUCUUUCUUGGAUGCUUUAAUGAUACCCGAUGAAGAGAGUAAGAACUAUGAAACUCCCUCCUCCUCUAAUCGCAAAAGAAGCUACGGACAAGAGUCUUUGGAUGACGAAGAAGAAGAAGAAGACAAUAAGAAAGAACGCAAAGGUCGUAAAGCGCCUCAUGAAUUAUUAACGGAUGCCGAGAAAAAGGCCAACCACAUUGCUUCUGAAAAGAAACGAAGACAAAAUAUUCGACUGGGUUUUGAUCAGUUAAUUGAAAUUGUACCUUCUUUGACACAAGGCAAUCGAUCGGAAGCCUUUAUUUUACAGAAAUCUGUGGAUCAUAUUCGACACUUGAUUAAUGUAAAGAAUGAUUUGAAAAGUCAAAUAAGAGACCUGCAAGGUGUUUUGGGUGAACCUAACUAUGAUGAAGAUUCAUCUGAGGACGAUUUAACAUAUUCUUCAUAUUAAAAAAAAAAGAAAGAGAGAAAGAGAGAGUCCAAUGAUUAAAUAAACACAGUUUAUGGAGGGGAAAGUUCAGAAAAGGAGGUGGUGGUGAUGGUGAUGGAGGGGGUAAUUUAAACAUCUAGAAUGAUGAUUAAUAAUCCCAUAUUUAUUUAUCUUAUACAUGUACAGGCAAAAAAAAAAAGAAAAAAAAAAAAGAAAAAAUAUAUAUAUAUAUUGGAAAAACUAGAGUAAUAAAUUACCUGUGGAUGUUAUAGUAUGUUCAGGAUGAGAUGGCGAU